GACUCCAUUGCUCUGUUUCAAAAAGAGCAUGUGGGUCCCACAAGUGGUGUGCGACAAUCCUUCGAGAUAAAAAGAGUAACCCAUAUAAAACAGAGACUCCAUUGCUCUGCUUCAUCAGCCGGAGAGUCUGAAGCAGAUCUCUAAUGGCGACGGCGGAGAAACCGGUGAUGAUGGUGGCCGUGGACGACAGCGAGCACAGCACCUACGCUCUCGAGUGGACUCUCGACCACUUCUUCACUCCUUACACCCCCAAUCACCCUUUUAAGCUCCUCAUCAUCCACGCCAAACCUUCCCCCACUACCGCUGUCGGCCUCGCCGGACCCGGGGUUGCUGAAGUUUUUCCUAUGGUAGACUCGGAUCUGAAGAAGAUAGCUGCUAGGGUUGUGGAAAAAGCCAAGGAAAUUUGCAACAGUAAAUUGGUGAAUGAUGCUGCCAUUGAGAUUGUUGAAGGUGAUGCCAGGAAUGUUCUCUGUGAUGCUGUAGAAAGGCACCAUGCAUCAAUGUUAGUUGUGGGUAGUCAUGGUUAUGGAGCUAUAAAAAGGGCGGUUUUGGGCAGCGUAAGCGACUACUGUGCUCACCAUGCUCAUUGUACUGUGAUGAUCGUGAAGAGGCCCAAGACCAAGCAUUGAGCGAUGCUAUGUGGUCCUAAAAGAGCAUCCUAAUAUGUCAGUGGUAUCAACCAGAUUACCCUUCACCAAAUAAAUUUUAUUUCACAUUUGCUGGAUCAUGCAAUCCCAGUGUUUCUCUGGACUGUUACAUAGAUAAGACUCUACCAAAUGCCUUGUAAUAUUACUUUUGUUGUUACAUUUAUAGUCUAUGUAUUUGCGUGUAAGCAACAACGUUAAAUUAUGUAAUUAUCAUUUAUAAUGUACGUACAGGAUAAUUGUUUAAUUAUGACUAAAUUACAAAAA